AUGGCCGCUCUCGCCAACGCCACUGUGCUCCCGUCCACCUUCGUCGGCCAGAGCGCUGAGCUCGCCGCCAAGGUGAACAAUGUCGAGGCCCGCGUCACCAUGAGGAAGACCGCCAAGGCGGCUUCCAGCAGCGCCUUCUAUGGCCCCGACCGCAACCUGUUCCUGGGCCCGUUCUCCUCCUCCCCGUCGUACCUCACCGGCGAGUAUGCCGGCGACUACGGCUGGGAUACCGCGGGUCUGUCCGCUGACCCCAGUUAG